AUGGCGUCUCAGUCAAGCCAAUUUGUGGAGAAGUUCACCCAAUGCCUAACUUCCAUUCUUGGCGAGCCAUCUGUGCGUAUGCUCAUGGAGAACCACCUCAACAGGUCUGUGGAUAGCCUCGAUAAGACCAAUCUCGACUCUCUGGACAAACACAUAGGAGCACUAUCCGAAAGGUCCGCCUCAGAGAUGAUACACAAGUUUCCCAGCAUGCUCCAGGAACGGAUUCAAAGUCCGACAAUUCGGGAUACCCCAGCGCUGGAUGAAGGCGUGGCCCGCCGCACAUCAUCCAAGCACAGUACUGAAAGAUCUUCUGGGGAAACUGAGACCAGGUACUUCCAAGGCCGAAACUUGGACGGGGAUUUUCGAACAAGAUCCCCCUUCAGUGGAUCUCAGGGCUCAACCUUGGUCCCUCAAGGCCAAGACCCAUAUCAGCGCCAGAGAAAUCAUUAUUCUGCGAACACCCAAGCAAACCAAGGCGAUGAUCCUCCUAACUCAUCUUUCAUUCGUGGGAUACGAUCACCCGCUCAUUCAAGACUGAAUCGUAUCUCGGAAUUGGGAAAUAAGGACCCGGAAAGCAACCGCAAGGCUGCACAGGUGAUAGAGGGCGAGUCUCCCCUUGCGAGCCCAGCCAUUUCAUAUUCUGAACGACCAGUCGGAAUGGCAACAAGGACAAGUGCUAGCUUCCACAGUCCACCCAGCAGCCAGAGCCAGAUUUUAUCGACCCCAACGAGAUCUUCGACGCCGACUCAGGAAACUAAAAGCGGAGUACCUCCCCGGGAAAACAGACAUGUAAACAUAUAUGAAAGGACUCCGGUCAACGGAACAUCCGAAUCCCAAUAUGAGGAACGACCUUCCUCUCCAGAGAGUUUGACGUCCGAGGAAAGACCUCUGACUCCUCUUUCCGAUAAUUCAGAGCAAAUAUACGCGGAGGUGACCAAAUCUCCACAGAAAAGCCAAGAUUAUCUGUCAAAGACCAUCGAGAAUACUGGGCUCACCGGAUUCUACGGCAAGGACCAUCCUAGGGUGAAGGCUGUCGCGGCGAACGCAGCUGCCAGAGCGGCCGAGAUCGCAAACAAAUACCAGCUAACACCGAAGACGGCUCUUGGAGUGAUUAAACUCGCUCUGUACAACUUCGUCGUCCUUUGCGAUGACAGCCAGUCAAUGAGGCGAGAGCAACGGAUCCCAGCACUGAAAACCACGCUUAAUCGUGUGGCGGAUAUAGCGACCUUGCUGUUGGAGACGGGCAUUUCCAUCCGGUUUCUGAAUUACAAUCAGGAUUCCAUGCUCGACGAUUUGAGGCAGGCCAGUACCAUCAUGGAAAAAAUCGCCAGUGUCCGAUUCAUGGGGAUCACGAUGCUCGGGACCGUGUUGGAGAAAAAGAUCAUCAAGCCCAUGAUCCUGGACAAGGCGGCUCGGAAGGCCCUGGAAGCCCCUCUGGUUGUGGUGAUUAUCACCGAUGGAGAGCCAAAGGGCGAGAACCGCGAAACGCUACGAGACAAGAUUCGGGAAUGCAAACGGAAGCUAUCCGAAACCGAUCUUGGGGAUGGGUCCGUUGUUUUCAUCAUCUCCAGAGUCGGCGGUAGUACCAAGGCCGAAGGGUUCAUCGACGAGCUUGAAAACAGUCCCGGAAUGGAGCAGAUGGUCUACUGUUCCAAGGACAGGUUGGACGAGAAGAUGGCAAUUCUGCAGCGGGCUGCUGGGGACACUGCUUAUACAAGACAUGUGAGUUCAGGACCCGCGCUGCCUUUGGUUCAACCCAUGAAGCCCAAAAAGAGACCCGCUUGCUGA